AUGCAUCGGGCAGUGGAACCUCCAGGGGCCCGCGCUGCACGGGAAGCCUUUGCCCUUGGGGGCCUGAGCUGUGCCGGGGCCUGGAGCUCCUGCCCGCCCCAUCCCCCUCCUCGUAGCGCAUGGCUGCCUGGAGGCAGGUGCUCAGCCAGCAUUGGACAGCCUCCGCUGUCUGCUCCCUUACCCCCUCCACAAGGCAGUAGCUCUGGCCAUCCCAAUAAGUCCUAUUAUGCCCAAGGGACACCUACCCCAAGACCCCUCCACGGGAAGCUGGAAUCCCUGCAUGGCUGUGUGCAGGCAUUGCUGCGGGAGCCAGCCCAGCCAGGGCUAUGGGAACAGCUUGGGCAGUUGUAUGAGUCAGAGCACGACAGUGAGGAGGCCAUACGCUGCUACCACAGCGCUCUUCGAUAUGGAGGAAGUAUUGCAGAGCUUGGGCCCCGCCUCGGCCGACUUCAGCAGGCCCAGCUCUGGAACUUUCAUGCCGGCUCCUGCCAGCACCGAGCCAAGAUCUUGCCCCCCUUGGAGCAAGUAUGGAACUUGCUGCACCUUGAGCACAAGCGGAACUAUGGGGCCAAGCGGGGGGGUCCCCCGGUGAAGCGAGCUGCUGAACCCCCAGUGGUGCAGCCUGUCCCACCUGCAGCACUCUCUGGCCCCUCAGGGGAGGAAGGCCUCAGUCCUGGUGGCAAGCGUAGGAGAGGCUGCAGCUCUGAGCAGGCUGGCCUUCCCCCAGGUCUGCCAUUGCCAACACCACCAUUACCACCACCACCGCCCCUGCCUGGUCUGCCUUCCAGCCCCCCAUUUCAGCUGCCCAAGCCAGGGCUGUGGAGUGCCCUGCAUGGAGAUGCCUGGGGUACCGAGCGCAAGGGUUCAGCACCCCCAGAGCGCCAGGAACAGCGGCACUCGUUGUCUCACCCAUAUCCAUACCCAGCUCCGGCCUACCCUGCGCACCCCCCCGGCCACCGGCUGGUCCCGGCUGCACCCCCAGGCCCGGGUCCCCGCCCCCCAGGAGCAGAGAGCCAUGGCUGCCCGCCUGCCACCCGUCCCCCCGGAAGUGACCUUAGAGAGAGCAGAGUUCAGAGGUCGCGGAUGGACUCCAGUGUUUCACCAGCAGCAACCACCGCCUGCGUGCCUUACGCCCCUUCCCGGCCCCCUGGCCUCCCCGGCACCACCACCAGCAGCAGUAGCAGCAGCAGCAACAGCGGUCUCCGGGGCGUGGAGCCAAGCCCAGGCAUUCCCGGCACUGACCAUUACCAAACUCCAGCGCUGGAGGUCUCCUCUCAUCAGGGCCGCCUAGGGCCCUCGGCACAUAGCAGUCGGAAACCGUUCCUGGCAGCCCCCACUGCCACUCCCCAUCUGCCCCUACCACCUGGGCCCACCUCACCUCCACCCCCUUGCCCUCGCCUGUUACGUCCCCCACCCCCUCCUGCCUGGCUGAAGGGCCCGGCCUGCCGGGCAACCCGAGAUGAUGGAGAGAUCUUAGAGGAGCUCUUCUUUGGGGCUGAAGGACCCCCUCGCCCUCCACCCCCACCCCACCCCCACCGUGAGGGCUUCUUGGGGCCUCCGGCCUCCCGCUUUUCUGUGGGCACUCAGGAUUCGCACACCCCUCCCACUCCCCCCACCACCACCAGCAGCAGCAACAAUGGCAGCCACAGUAGUAGCCCUCCAGGGCCUGUGUCCUUCCCACCUCCCUAUCUGGCCAGAAGUAUGGACCCCCUGCCUCAACCCUCCAGCCCAUCACUGAGCCCCCAGGAUCCUCCUCUUGCCCCCCUGACACUUGCCCUGCCUACAGCUCCCCCCUCCUCCUGCCACCAAAAUACCUCAGGAAGCUUCAGGCGCCCGGAGAGCCCCCGGCCCAGGGUCUCCUUCCCAAAGACCCCCGAGGUGGGACCAGGGCCGCCCCCGGGCCCCCUGAGUAAAGCCCCUCAGCCUGUGGCGCCCAGGGUCAGGGAGCUGUCGGCCCAAGGCCCGAGGCUCUUUGAUUUCACUGCAACCCCACUGGAGGACCAGUUUGAGGAGCCAACUGAAUUCAAGAUCCUACCUGAUGGGCUGGCCAACAUCAUGAAGAUGCUGGAUGAAUCAAUUCGCAAGGAAGAGGAGCAGCAACAGCAGGAAGCAGGCGUGGUUCCCCCACCUGCUAUGAAGGAACCCUUUGCAACUCUGCAGCCUUCAUUCCCCACCGACACAGCCCCAGCCACCACAGCUGCCGCUACCGCAGCCACUGCCACCACCAUUACCACCACCGCCACCACCACCACCACCACCCCCACCCAGGAAGAGGAGAAGAAGCCACCACGAGCCCUACCACCACCACCGCCUCUAGCCAAGUUUUCUCCACCUCUGCAGCCCCAGCCGCCACCUCCACCACCACCACCACCACCUCCACCACCACCUCCACCACCCCUGCCAGCCAGCCCAGCUAGCCUGCUCAAAUCCUUGGCCUCCGUGCUGGAGGGACAAAAGUACUGUUACCGGGGGACUGGAGCAGGUGUUCCUACCCGGCCUGGGCCCUUGCCUGCCACUCAGUAUUCCCCCAGUCCCCCACCAGGUGCUACCACCCUGCCGCCAACCUCAGCGGCCCCUAGCGCCCAGGGCUCCCCACAGCCCUCCGCUUCCUCGUCAUCUCAGUUCUCUACCUCAGGCGGGCCCUGGGCCCGGGAGCGCAGGGCAGGCGAAGAGCCAGCUCCGGGCCCCAUGACCCCCACCCCACCACCUCCACCCCUACCACUGCCCCCUGCCCGCUCUGAGUCCGAGGUGCUAGAAGAGAUCAGCCGGGCUUGUGAAACCCUUGUGGAGCGGGUGGGCCGGAGUGCCACAGACCCAGCUGACACAGUGGACACAGCAGUACUGGCAGACAGUGGGACUGAGCGACUGCCACCUCCCACCCAGGCCAAGGAGGAAAGUGGUGGGGUGGCGGCGGUGGCAGGACCAGGUAGCAGCAAGCGACGACAGAAAGAGCACCAGAAGGAGCACCGGUGGCACAGGCGAGCAUGUAAGGACAGUGUGAGUCGGCGACCCCGUGAGGGCAGGGCCAAGGCCAAGACCAAGACCCCAAAAGAAAAGAGCCGCCGGGUGCUGGGAAACCUGGACCUGCAGAGCGAGGAGAUCCAGGGUCGAGAAAAGGCCCGGCCUGAGCUUAGUGGGGCCUCCAAGGCCAAGCCCCCCACCACUCCUGCCCCCCCACCAGCUCCUGCUCCAUCUGCCCAGCCCACACCUCUAUCAGUCCCUGUCCCUGGGAAGAAGGCCAGGGAGGAAACUCCAGGGCCACCAGGGGUCAGCCGGGCUGACAUGCUGAAGCUACGCUCCCUUAGUGAGGGGCCUCCUAAGGAGCUGAAGAUUCGGCUCAUCAAGGUAGAGAGUGGUGACAAGGAGACUUUUAUUGCCUCUGAGGUGGAAGAACGGCGGCUGCGCAUGGCGGACCUCACCAUCAGCCACUGUGCUGCUGACGUUAUGCGUGCCAGCAAGAAUGCCAAGGUAAAAGGGAAAUUUCGAGAGUCCUACCUUUCCUCUGCCCAGUCUGUGAAACCGAAGAUCAACACUGAGGAGAAGCUGCCCCGGGAAAAACUCAACCCACCUACCCCUAGCAUCUACCUGGAGAGCAAACGUGAUGCCUUCUCCCCAGUGCUGCUGCAGUUCUGUACAGACCCUCGAAAUCCCAUCACUGUGAUCCGGGGCUUGGCGGGCUCCCUACGACUCAACUUGGGCCUCUUCUCCACCAAGACGCUGGUGGAGGCAAGUGGCGAGCACACGGUAGAGGUGCGCACCCAGGUGCAGCAGCCCUCGGAUGAGAACUGGGACCUGACCGGCACGCGUCAGAUCUGGCCCUGUGAGAGUUCCCGUUCCCACACCACCAUUGCCAAGUAUGCGCAGUAUCAAGCCUCAUCCUUUCAGGAGUCCCUCCAGGAAGAGAAAGAAAGUGAGGAUGAGGAGUCGGAGGAGCCAGACAGCACCACAGGAACCCCUCCUAGCAGUGCACCAGACCCCAAGAACCAUCACAUCAUCAAGUUUGGCACCAACAUCGACCUAUCUGAUGCCAAGCGGUGGAAGCCCCAGCUACAGGAACUGCUAAAGCUGCCCGCCUUCAUGCGGGUAACAUCUACGGGCAACAUGCUGAGCCAUGUGGGUCACACCAUUCUGGGCAUGAACACGGUGCAGCUGUACAUGAAAGUCCCAGGCAGCCGAACGCCAGGUCACCAAGAGAACAAUAAUUUCUGCUCUGUCAACAUCAACAUUGGCCCAGGCGACUGCGAGUGGUUCGCAGUGCAUGAGCACUACUGGGAAACCAUCAGCGCCUUCUGUGACCGACACGGCGUGGAUUACCUGACCGGCUCCUGGUGGCCGAUUCUGGACGACCUCUACGCCUCCAAUAUUCCUGUGUACCGCUUCGUCCAGCGUCCCGGAGACCUCGUGUGGAUCAAUGCGGGGACCGUGCACUGGGUGCAGGCCACUGGCUGGUGCAACAAUAUUGCCUGGAACGUGGGGCCCCUCACUGCCUAUCAGUACCAGCUGGCCCUGGAACGAUAUGAGUGGAACGAGGUGAAGAAUGUCAAGUCCAUUGUGCCCAUGAUUCAUGUAUCCUGGAAUGUGGCUCGCACAGUCAAAAUCAGCGACCCUGACUUGUUUAAGAUGAUCAAGUUUUGCCUCCUGCAGUCCAUGAAGCACUGCCAGGUGCAGCGGGAGAGCCUCGUGCGGGCAGGAAAGAAAAUUGCCUACCAGGGCCGGGUCAAAGAUGAGCCUGCCUACUACUGCAAUGAGUGUGAUGUGGAGGUUUUCAACAUUCUGUUCGUAACGAGUGAGAAUGGCAGCCGCAACACGUACCUGGUGCACUGCGAGGGCUGUGCCCGGCGCCGCAGCGCUUGCCUGCAGGGUGUAGUGGUGCUGGAGCAGUACCGCACAGAGGAGCUUGCUCAGGCCUACGACGCCUUUACGCUGGCCCCUGCCAGCACCUCGCGAUGA